AUGAUAUCUGCGCGCUAUAAAAGCAAUAAAAAAUCAAGACUUUCAUGUAAAAAAAUCGAAAGCAUUUCAGCAACACUUUCUCAAUUGGCAUAUCAUACAACAAAUCAACAAGUUCUCAAACCGAUUACCGAUUAUAAUGAUUCAACAACUCCAAAGGGCGAUGAGCCAAUUGCUGAUGAAGGUGUUCCAAAUGCUCUAUAUACAGUUGAAGUUACAAAGCAUAUAUAUCAUACGAACGUUCAAUUUGAAAAACUUCCUUCACUUGGAGAUAGAAUUACAGCAAAUAAUCUUGAUUUACUUAUUAAGAAAUGCCAGCAAUGUUGUGUUCUUUGUGAUUUUUCAGAUAAUGAAUCCGAUGUAUCAGCCAAACCACUCAAAACAAAUACCUUGAAAGAAAUUGGUGAUGCUCUUGCAAAUUCCUCACCAGAUUAUCUCACUGAUGAAGCCUUUAAUGCAAUUUAUGGUAUGAUCACAGCAAAUCUUACAAGAUGCAUACCUUCAAUACCUAAAAAGUACAUGUGGUAUGAUGAUGAACCUCUCAUAUUUGAUAUUAAUUGGCCACAUCUUCAAUUAGUCUAUGUAAUCUUAUUUAAUACGAUAAAGUUAAACACAACAGAUAAAAGACUUCAUGAUAUGCGUAAGACGAUCCUUACAAUUAUAAAUAGCGCUGAUCCUAACGAACGAGAUCAAAUUUUCCAAUUUUAUAUGGAAUAUCUCAAAAACUUUCCAGAUCAGUUCGAAAGCCUCUUUAAUGAUUUAUCAUACAAGUUAAUCGAAUACAUGGAAGGAGAUUUACCAUUCUGUGUUACACCAAUUUUGAGAUUAUAUCAUGAACAACUCAAGAUUGUUAAACUUACUGAUUACAUGGCACGAUUUUGGAAUACAGAUAUCAUCCCACUCAUUUCUUGCCAGCAUAUUUUAACAGUUUACCCUCCAAUGAUGGAUAUUGCUGAAACAAUUUAUACAAUGGAUCCAGAUAUUCCUAAGAAGACACUUCGAGUCAUGUUCCAUCAUUGGCCAGAAUCAAGACCGUCCAAACAAAUUUCUUACCUUAUUUUGAUGAAUUUCUUGAUUGAACAAUUAAAUGCGGAAGAUUUCGGAUACAUGUGCGUGCCAAUCUUUAAACUCUAUUCCAGACUCGCAAUGUCAACUCUCCAUGCCAAAGUUACUGAAGCAACAUUUCGAAUUUGGUCGAAUCUGAAAAUUUUGCAAAUUAUCACAGAUAACACACAAGCAAUAUAUCCAGUUGUUUAUCCUGUCUACCAGAAGAUAAUGAAGGAUCAUUGGCGAGCAAGUACAAAAUCUGCAGCUUUAAACGCAAUGAAAGCUAUGCAUGAUUUAGAUCCAUUUGUUUUUGACGAAAUUGCACAGUCAAAGAAGGAAAAAACAGAUGAUGACGGAGUUUCUGAUGCAACAAUUCACAAAUCUUGGGCUUCUAUUGCAAGAAGCGCUGCAAAGAACGAGAAAUCUCUGAAUUUGGCAAGAGUUUUAGCUGAUAUUCAACUUAACUUUAACAAAUCAGAUCCACUGAAGGAUAUGAAGAAGAUGGGAAAGCCAUCUUUACAAAGAUAA